AUGAAAGGGUUGAAGAAAGCUAUGAAUUUGUCCCGGACUAAAUCAGGAGAGAAACAAUCGAAAUCACCUCAACCACCUAAUAAUAUCAAAUCACAACCAAACGUAUCUAUCAACUCGAACUCACCUGGACCAUCUUCACCUUCAUUAGUUUCUCCGGCUAGAAACACUGGCACUGGUGGAUCAUCUUCACCUUUUCAUCAUCCUGGAGUUGGUGGAGGCGCACCAUUAACACCUCGUAGAUCACCAGUAUCAGAUAAAACUUCACCAGCACCUCCAUUAGUAGUCAUUUCAGGCGCACCCCAACAACCUCCUACCAAUACCGAAAUGCCCUCUGAUCCGAUCCCCCACGCUCCUCACGGUAGGGGUUUCGGUUCUCCAGAAAGAUCUUUGGGUCCAGAUGGUCAACCUACUCCACCAAAAGCAGGUCCUCUCAACAGACUGAGAGGUGGUCCAAAAGACACUAUUCCGAUCUCAGGUAAAACACCGAGAAAACAAAGAUCAAGUAGAUUUUACGUCACAGAGAAAGUCGACAUCGAGAAAUUACCAAACUUCUCUGACGUUCGACCUGAGGAAAGAAACGAAUUGUUCAUUCAAAAGCUUCAACAAUGUCGCGUCGUCUUUGACUUCAAUGACGCAAGUAGCGAGUUGAAAGGGAAACAAGUUAAAGCGCAGACAUUACAUGAAAUGUUGGAAUACAUCACCACGAGUAGAGGAGUUAUCACUGAGCAGAUUUACCCAGAGGUGGUUGGAAUGUUUGCAACCAAUCUAUUCCGUUCGAUUCCACCUCAAGUAAACCCAACAGGAGAUGCGUUUGAUCCAGAAGAAGACGAACCUGUUCUUGAACUUGCUUGGCCACAUUUGCAAAUCGUGUACGAAUUCUUCCUUCGAUUUGUUGAAAGUCCAGAUUUCAACACCAAUAUAGGUAAACGAUACAUUGAUCAAUCAUUUGUUAUUCAAUUACUUGAGUUAUUCGAUUCCGAAGAUCCGAGAGAAAGAGAUUUCCUCAAAACAACUCUACACAGAAUUUAUGGUAAAUUCUUAAACCUACGAGCAUUCAUACGAAGAUCAAUCAGUCAUGUAUUCUUCCAAUUCGUAUAUGAAACUGAAAGACAUAACGGUGUCGCUGAGCUAUUGGAAAUACUAGGCUCCAUCAUCAAUGGUUUCGCGUUACCUUUGAAGGAGGAACACAAAACGUUCUUGACAAGAGCUCUUAUACCUCUACAUAAAGCAAAAUCAUUAGCUCUUUAUCAUCCCCAACUAGCUUAUUGUGUUGUUCAAUUCCUGGAGAAAGACUCAAGUUUGACCGAAGAAGUCAUUUUGGGUUUAUUAAGAUAUUGGCCAAAGGUAAACUCACCAAAAGAAGUAAUGUUCCUGAAUGAAGUCGAAGAAAUCUUAGAUGUCAUUGAACAGAAUGAAUUCACCAAGAUAAUGCAACCACUCUUUGUUCAAUUGUCGAGGUGUAUAAACUCUCCUCAUUUCCAAGUUGCGGAAAGAGCCCUUUAUUAUUGGAACAAUGAAUAUAUAGUCAAUUUGAUGGGUGAACAUAUAACGAUAAUUCUACCCAUAGUGUUCCCUGCUUUAUAUCAAAAUUCUAGAUCACAUUGGAACAGAACUAUUCAUGGAAUGGUUUACAAUGCCUUGAAAUUGUUUAUGGAGAUCAAUAAUGAAGUUUUCGAAGAAGUUCAAAGUAAUUAUAAAACUCAAAGGAAAGCCGAUGCGGACCGAGCAAUUGAGCGACAUGAUGAAUGGAUCAUACUGCGUGAACAAGCAGUCGCCAAUCACAAAGCAUCAGGAUCGACUCAACCCUUACCUGCAUCUUUAACGGAACCAUUACCACCCAGACCUGAACCAUAUGAAGAUGAACCCAUGACCGAUGUAUCGGUCGAUAUGACUGCGAAUGGAUUUGACCCUUCCGAGAGCUUCACUCUGGAUAGAUCUAUAGGUGAAGAGAAUGUUCCGUUAGCUGAUCCAGGUAUUGAUAGAGCUCCAAUGAGUCCAACAUCACCUGUUGGUUUAGGGAUACAACAACAACAUCCUCAACUAAAUUCACCCAUAAGCUCUGCACCUGUUGGAUUAGGUGCUGGCCCAGUUGCAAAUAGCGCAGGUGCCAAUUCCGCAGGUGCAAUAGGCGGAGGUCCUCAUAUAAGAAGAAAAUCAGUUUUACCUAUGGAUCCAGGAGUUAUGAGGGAUCUACAAGCUCAUAAAUCCCUUGAAGGUCAAUAA